AUGAGACGCGCUUGUGUACAUUUUGCCCGAGCCAUCAAGGCAACACAAAACCUUACUCAUUUGGAGGUCUUCACACAGCUUCAACUAGGUAUCCACCCGCCGUUGAGUACUCAGCGUCAAUUCCUUCAACAACACUUUGAUGUGGAGAUGGAGCGUCGAGGUAUAACAGAGACAAAACUCUUAGCUAUGGAUGGGCACCUCUGUACUCAGCUACUCCGUCAGUUGUUGUUUGAGCGGUAUCUAUCAGUUCCGUUUCGUCUUUUCACCUUUGAUUUGGAGUUUACGGGGCCGCCUGUGUUUGGACCUGAUGGCCCUACCGAGGAUAUCAUGGAGUUUGGGUUUUAUUCUCCGGCUCAUGACAAAGUGUUUUCGUGUCUCGUUCGGCCGAGCAAUGGUCGCUGUGUUUCUCCCGAGGUAACAACUCUAACGCACAUAACUCAGAAGAUGCUAGAGGAAGACGGUCUUCCCUUUCGAGAUGCUUGGGCAAAGGUGCUUGAUUUUCUUAAUACACCGGAACCCCAGGAGCUCCCCGGUGCUGAGAAGCGGCUGCUUGUGCUCAGUCACGGAGGAAAAUUGGCUGACGUUUCCUUGAUCAAGUGGACUCUGGAAGCGUCGGGUAUGGAGCUCCCUUCAAACAUUAUUUUUGGUGACACGUUUCAUUUGAUUCGCGACGCCCAUCGUCGUCGGCCGGUGACAUUGGAUAAGCACCCACCCACUUGGGGCCUCAGUGACCUUGUGCAGUGGUUGCGGAUACCCCCAACGCUUCCUGCCCACCGCGCAGGUAACGAUGCGAAGAUGACAUGGGACGCCUUGUAUCACACGCUGGAGCGCUAUGGUGACGAGGAUUUGACACCGCGUGAACAACUUGUCUCACGGUUCUUUGAUGUGGAAGCCAAACAAGUGAUGAGUCAAGCCGGAAUACGCAGUCAUGCGCAGCCUGAUGGGACGUUGGAAAAUGAUACCAGUUACAUGGAAGCUUCUGUUAGCGACUCCCUCGACCUUGACUUUGAUGAGAUAUUUACCCCUGACGGAAAGCAGCGACCUGAAGUGUCAGAAGACCGUACGGACGAUGUUCCUGACGGUUCGAAAGGGGAGAGUCACAGUGGUGCAUCCCGCGGAAAGGUGCGAAGUGGAAAACGUAACGGUAGGAGCAGUUCCAGCGGCGGGGAUCGUGGAGAGGAGUUCAUCAUUUAG